GGGGCCUCGGGCGAUGCUGACCACGAUGGGCAUAAACCUGCCGAACUGAUAGCCCAAACAAGGAGAACGGAUGUGCUACAGCACUGAUACUCAUGUUUAUGCUUUUUCAAGCAAGACGGGAUGAACGACUGCCUGCGAAUUACGGACUCUGGGCAAGCUGAGGCAGGCGUCAAAGAAUAACAAGACCCUGCUAUAAGCAAAGCGACGAUAAUAAAUAACAGCCGCCCUGUUGGAUAAGUCCGGCCAUGACGACAAAAGCAAGUAGACAUGCUUUGCAGGGACGAAGCCCACUGCGGGCGAUCCGUGACAGGGUUUGAAUUUGACAUUGAUAUUGACACUGACAGCAAAGAGAUUCCCAGCGCGCCAGGUAUUUCCCUGUCGCUCACCGGGAUUCUUAAUUGCGACUGGCAGUCAGUCUGGCACUCGUUCUUGGCUAUUUGGCGAUUGUGUUCCUCGGGACUCGGUUCAUUCCUCAAGGCGCUGAAUAUAUCAACCUGUGGCUGCUGUCAUCUCCGGUGUCUCGCUUCCCAUAAUGUUUCGUUUAUGGAGUUAAGAAGCGACGCUCAGGCCUUUCUGUGUGCGUGCGUGUCGGUAUGCUACCAUGACAAUUCACGAAUCCUUCAUCAACGUGUCGUGAUCUCUUUGAUCUUGCCAGCCAGAUAUAGCAACAAUCAAACCAACAAAGAGGCACAGCUUCAAAGCGACUGGCCCUCGAAAAGAAUGGAUGGAUGCCGAUCAGGCCGUUACAAAAAGCGGCAAGGAUCCAUUCUCCCAUCACAUCCGAUGCUUCAAUCCCCUGAAAGGCCUCGUAUGAUUGGCGGCAUCAGACGCCAAAACGCCGUCUUGAGACUGUGCCCCCUGUCGUCUACCCCUUGGAGGCUGCCUCAUGUCGGUCGCGGCGCCCGCAGCCUCCUCUGAUUGGAGAUGAUGAGCCUUCGAGGAUCCCUUGUCACUUGCAUGUAAGCUCCAGGGGGGCGUCUUUGUGGAUGAGCUGUCCAGUCCAUACCCACCAGAAGGAGGUCCUUCUAAGGUCCUUACUGGAUUGUCACGCGCUAUCUCGUCAGAGACUACUGCGCGACCAAGUUAGUAUCUUCAGGUGUUAUUUCGAGCCACGAUUGGCCACCACCGGAAGGUGGGAGGUUUUGCUUGCUGUGGAAGCUUUCCUUUUUGGCAUUUUAAAUGAGCCUAACUUCUUCCCCUGCGGUGAAGCAAAU